CGCUCGAUGGAGAAGCUCAUGACUGACAUUGCUAUCAGCUCGGGAGACAACGAUUCGGCAGCACCGGGGACGAAGGGGGUUCCUCGACCUGGGGGCGCGGCUGUGGCGGGGGCGGGGGGACGGAUGGCGGUGGGGGCGGACGUCGGACGGAUUACAAGAGUUGGGGUUCCGAUCGGAACGGAGGGCUUGUCAGGGACAUCGGGCGACGGGACGGGGGGAGGGGCUGGCGCAGGGGCCCCCGCGCGACCUGGUGGUGCGGACAUCGAAGCCCAUGAUGUCUGAAUCGGGGGAUGGCUUUGUCCGACAAGACAAAAAGGAACCGUGUUUCAGGAAGAUGCCGCUUGGCCUGUCCUUGGCUUGAGGCAUGGGCUGAGAAUGAAGAAACUCGUCGUGUUGUCAGCCUCGCUGUGCUGUGUUAGGCCAGCAUGUGUUGUGAGAAUGUGUUUGGUCAUGUCAAACGCCUAGUUUGGCCUUGUGUUGCUUUCUUCAAUGCGGCUUAGUUGAAGGAACGGCAGGCGGCAGCUGUGGACCCCGUCCGCUUGCGCUGCUUGUUCUCGCGCGGUUUGAAGCGUCAAGCUCAAGUAGUGAAUCGGUUGAGCUGCUUCGCGCUGUAAGCUACUUCACGGCAGGCAGAAGCGCAGCCCACAGACCCGACCGGUCUAUGUGGCUGUCUCCGGCGAGUCUCCGGAGAGCGGUAGUGACUCGCGCUCUAUCUCGAGGUUGUGGAUUGACGGGUCUCUCUUGGGGUGGCGCGACCUCCUUUUCGCAGGACGCAUAAUCGCGGACUGAUGAACAAACAAACGACACACGUGAUGGCCCUAGUCUAUAUGCACCCAAUAAACUGGGCGUACAAGCAUGAGGUGUUUUUUUUGUUGGCAUUUGCUUGUUAUUGGCUGUGUCUUGUUGUGUAAAGGCUGGGUUGGGAGUUCAAGUCCCAACGAGAGCGAAGUUGGGAUCUCGUUGCUUGUGUAGUGCUACACGCUCAGGAGUGCUUGUUAUUAGAGAGUGAAUAAUGGACGUUCAAUUUGUUGUUUUACCCCUCACCCAUUUUCCCACUAUUCCCCCCCCCUCCCCCCGUUGCUCCUCCGAGGUUUUGUAAGUAAAAAUAUCAAACUGGUAAUAACGCGACAUCGGUUCCGGUACUAGCAAGGGGUGUCCAAUUAAGAAGGUGAAGAUUAUUUAUGUGGAGCAGGUGGAUCGAUUGAACAAUCACGAUGGAUUUCAUGUCUUCCCUUUCUA